UCGCGGCAGAACUAGUAUACAAUAAACGUCGGAUGGUCGGAAAUCAGUUUAGUUUUGGAUGUGGUCGAGAUCGGGUGGGAUUAUCCAUAUAAACAGUCUGGUGAGAUAAUUAGUGAAUUUUUAGUAACAAUGAAAGCUGUGAUUUGUAUUUUGGCGUUAACACUGCUGUCAGUUGCUGAUGCGGCCCUGAAAGUUAAAGCAAAUGAUGCGGCAUAUGAGGAAAUUUUGGUGGAAUCAUCCCUGAAUGUGCGGAAAACCAAUCCGGCCACUCGAAGGCACACGAGGAGUUUGAUGGAUUUGUUGAUGUCACCGAGUCAUUCCCGGCCAAAGCGACAAUUCGGAGGGUUUGGAGCAUCCAGCUCUAACGCAAAUGCUAAUGCAUUCAAUCAGCAGUUUGGACCUCAGGGUUUCGGAGCCAGUGCAGCAAAUGCCGGAGCCCAAUCGUUCUAUAAUCAGGGACCGUUGGGAGGCUUUGGAGCUUCAGCAGCUAAUUCAGCAUCGCAAGGAUUCCAGGCUGGACCAGGAGGAUUAUCGGGUUCUGCUGGAAUGUCUGGUAGCCAAUCGUAUCACUUGCCUGGCAAUCGCGAUGUAAGUCUUUCAUAUACUGGUGGGUUUUCGGUGGCUAACGGUAGGCCAAGCGUUUCGCAGGGAAACUCGAUCAGUUUCACAUAAUGGUAUGUGGAAUAAAAAGAAUACAGAUGAUGUUUCAACCGUUGUAGGAUGUGUCGAAAUAUACGUGAUGUAUUCUUUCAAA